AUGAUUUCCCCCAACACAGUCUCCCCCAGGAAGCAUGCCGUCUUUGAUGUCGUCGGCACUUGCGUGUCAUUCGACUUCUUUAUCGACACCAUCGAAGACAUCCUCGGCCCACGACUGCGAGCAAACCAAUUGUCGGCCAAUGCCUUAGGAUAUGCCUGGAUGCAAGCCGCCGAGCUCGAGUCUCUGAUGCUUCAGAUGUCCAAGCGAUGCGUUCCAUACAAGAAAGUCUUCAAGGCGCUCUUCUACCGUGUCUUAUAUCUGUCCGGUAUCCAAAAUCCGAGAUCCUUCGCGACCGACGAGGAAAGGGACAUAUGUCAGGAUGCCUAUUCGAAGCUGGAACUACGCCCAGACUGCCGCGCCAUGAUGGAGAAAUUGAGGAAGAACGGUUUCACCAUCUGGUGCUUGACCACGGGCGACACAGAAAGAGUCGGUGGCUACUUCAAGCGCGCCGGCUUUGAAAUGCCCGCCGAGAACCUCGUCAGUUGCCAUCAGUUCAUGAAGUAUGAAUCUGAGAGGGAGUCCCCGCUUGAUAUGGUCAAACCCUCGAUGGGAUCCUACCAGCCUAUGCUGGAUAAGUUUGAGCCUGAGGAUGAUAAGUGGUUCGUGGCGGCGCAUAUGUGGGAUGUGAGCGCGGCUGUUAAAGCUGGCUUCCGUGGUGCUUACUGCUCGAUCUAUGAAAAGGAGUCGUGCAUUGACAUCUUUGAUACUAAGAUGGAUGUCAUGGCCGACACUUUGCUCGAAACGGCUGACAAGAUGAUUGAUAUGUCUUCCUAA